AUGCAGCCUCUCUCACUUGCUAUCCUCCUUUCGCUGGCCGCAGUCACAGCGGCCCAGACAUCUUGCCCUUCAGCGAUGCCGUUGUCGCUUUGCUGCGUCAGCCUAGGGCCUUUCAGUGAUAACGAGUAUGUUUGGGAGAAUGUAUGCGGGGUGACAGUCCCAGACACCAGUCUCUUGACUGCGUCUGGGUGUGAAAGCAAUAUACCGCACGGGAGUCAGGAGUACCAGAACAUGUAUGCGGCGUGCUGCCAGGAGUAUCUGGACUGCCCGAGCGAGGACGGCGCCGUUGCGUACAAUUGCACCGGAACACUCCUGCAGUGA